AUGUCUCCUCCUCUCGUCCAGGACGAGUACCUCAGCGUCGGCGGAAACAGACAUAGCACAGCAGCCGACUGGUCAACAAGCUCAGGAUUGCUCGCCUUUGGCGCCGACCAAAAUGUGGGCAUAUGGUCGCCGCUGAAUGACUCUGGACACGGCAUCUCCGCCCUGCUCUCCGGGCAUACGGGCAAAGUGACGACUGUGAAGUUUCUGAGCCCAGCCCAAGGUGCCUCUGCCGAGCUGUUGGUCUCGGGCAGUGCGAAUGGAGAGAUCGCAGUAUGGAGAAAAGAGACUGCAAAUCAGGAAUGGAGAUGCCUGGUGAAGACCGCGGCGCAUGAAGGCGCUGCCAACGCCAUCGCUUCCUUCAGUGGGAGCAAUAUCCUGGCAACUGGCGGAGCCGACGCAAAAGUGAAACUCUGGAAAGUCCACGAGACAGAAAUCGAAGCCUUGGCCACCCUCUCCCUCAAACCCAGGUUCAUUCCCUUGGCUCUCGCCAUCAGUCCCUUUCCUUCCACGUCUUCUCCCGAGCAUGCUUACUUGGUCGCCGGAGGCACUCGGAACGAUAUCCAAGUAUACGCCAUCGAAGGUCUGUCCUCGACCCCCAAGUUCCAUCACCAUGCCACUCUCACUGGACACGAAGCGUGGGUGCGGUCUCUGGCACUCACACAAGCUCCAGACGGCGGUGCCCUGCUUGCUUCUGCAAGCCAGGACAAAUAUGUCCGUCUCUGGCGCUUUCAACUGGGAGGCAGCAAACCCACAAAUCAACUCGCCGAGCUGAACGGAGUCUCUGCCGUAAGUGGUACGUUAUCAGCAAAGACCCAGACCGUGGCCGCUGGGGAACACAAAUACUCCAUCACGUUUGAGGCAUUACUUCUCGGCCACGAAGACUGGAUCUAUUCCGCUGCAUGGAGCCCCACUAGCUCCCAACUCCUCACCGCGUCGGCCGACGGAUCUCUUUCGAUAUGGGAGCCGGAGCCGUCGUCCGGAAUAUGGAUCAGCAUGUCUCGGCUGGGAGAGAUCAGUGCGGCAAAGGGGGCCACUACUGCGACCGGCUCUGCCGGCGGCUUCUGGACUGGGCUAUGGGGACCUGACGGCAAGACUGUCACUUGUCUCGGCCGGACGGGCAGCUGGCGACUGUGGCAGUACGACGAGACGUCGCAGUUCUGGACACAAAGGUUUGGUAUCAGCGGACACACCAACUCGGUCAACGGGAUCUGCUGGGCCCCUGACGGAAGCUAUCUCCUUUCCACCAGUUCCGAUCAGACAACCAGGCUUCACGCAGAGUGGAAAAGGGGCGCGAAACGGAGCUGGCACGAAUUCUCGCGGCCUCAGAUCCACGGAUACGACCUCAACUGCAUCGCGAGCACGACACCGUAUCAGUUCUCUUCCGGCGCGGAUGAGAAGCUGUUGCGCAUUUUCAACGAACCAAGGGAUAUCGCCAACAUGCUCCAUCGACUAUGUCGGAUCGCAUUGCCCCUGGAAUUGGCCGAAAUGCCCGACACUGCUGCGAUUCCUGUGCUGGGUCUGUCGAAUAAGGCUAUGGACGACAGCGAGGAGAUGGGGGGCGAUGCUGCGAACGACGCCCUGGAGACAACCGCUACGUCUAACGGACUCGGGCCUUCGCUGCUUGACAUCCAAGAACCACCGACCGAGGACCUGCUGGCGCGCCACACGCUGUGGCCCGAGCACGAGAAACUGUACGGCCACGGUUCGGAAAUCUCUGAAGCAGCGACACCCGCGGACGGCAGUGUCCUCGCCACGGCCUGCAGGGCGAGCUCGCUCGACCACGCGGUGAUCCGCCUGUACGACACGAGGGACUGGAACGAGAUCAGACCGCCUCUGUCGGCGCACUCGCUCACGGUCACGAGACUUGCAUUCUCCCCACAGAGUCCAGAGUUCCUGCUGAGUGUAGGACGAGAUCGGCAAUGGGCGGUGUUCAAGCGAUCAAGUGAGAAUCCAAGAAGCUGGGGCCGUAUCGCCAUAAACGCCAAGGCGCAUUCGCGGAUGAUUCUCGACGCUACGUGGCUUAUAGGCACGACUGCAAAUCCAAGCUUCGCCACAGCCGGCAGGGACAAACUUGUCAAGCUGUGGUCAAGCAAUGCCGGCAGCGAGAAUGAGACCAGCUUCACAAUGCGCUCCUCGAUCACUCGAAAGGGUCCCGUCACAGCCGUCUCUGCCACCUCUAUCACCACCUCCGACGGAUUCCGCGGUGUCCUCGCGGCUGGCGAGGACGAUGGGACCAUCUCACUACACAGUGUCGACGUGAACGGCGACCUCAAGGUAUUACACACUGUCGAAGUCCCAAGACAUCUCUGCCCCUCAAGGUCAGUCAAUCGACUAGCCUGGCGGCCAACCGGACACGAAGACAGCAGCGAUCAGGAUGAUGGAGACUACCAGCUAUUGGCGGUGGCCUCGGCGGACGGAUCAGUGCGAAUCCUGCGGAUAAAUAUCGCGGCCUUUGGCGAAUGA